UGUGAUAUAUUGUAAGAUUACGACAGAGCAACAAGAAGUUAUCAAAAUGGGGCUGGAAAGUACUAUGGUCUGUGUGGACAACAGUGAAUAUAUGAGAAAUGGAGACUUUCUACCAACGAGACUACAGGCUCAGCAAGAUGCUGUCAACAUCGUUUGUCACUCCAAAACACGCAGCAACCCAGAGAACAACGUGGGCCUCAUCACUAUGGCAAACAACUGUGAAGUUCUCACAACAUUGACACCAGAUACUGGUCGCAUCCUAUCCAAACUCCACGCUGUCCAACCCAAAGGAAAGAUCUCAUUCUGCACAGGCAUCAGAGUGGCUCAUCUGGCCCUAAAGCACAGACAAGGAAAAAACCACAAGAUGAGGAUCAUUGUCUUCAUUGGGAGUCCUGUGGAGGAUAAUGAAAAAGAUCUUGUAAAGUUGGCCAAACGGUUGAAGAAAGAGAAAGUGAACGUGGAUAUCAUCAACUUUGGAGAAGAGGAGAUGAACACAGAAAAGCUGACUGCGUUUAUUAACACUCUAAAUGGGAAGGAGGGAACAGGCUCCCACCUGGUUAUAGUCCCCCCUGGGCCCAGUCUGGCAGAUGCACUGCUUUCCUCUCCCAUAUUGGCCGGUGAAGGAGGCUCUAUGAUGGGUCUUGGUGCCAGCGACUUUGAGUUUGGUGUGGACCCCAGUGCUGAUCCAGAGCUGGCCCUGGCCCUGCGCGUUUCUAUGGAGGAGCAGCGACAAAGGCAGGAAGAGGAGGCCCGCAGAGCUGCUGCUGCUUCUGCAGCUGAGGCAGGCAUGCCCACACCCAGUGCAGAUGAAUCAGAGGACGCCUUGUUAAAGAUGUCAAUAUCUCAGCCUGAAGGCGGUGCAGCAGUGCUUCCUGAUUUCAGCAGCAUGACAGAGGAAGAGCAGAUAGCCUAUGCCAUGCAGAUGUCUCUGGCUGGAGGAGAGUAUGGUGAAAUGGACACAGGGGCCCCCAUGGACACUGCAGAAUCAGCCAAGGAGGAAGAUGACUAUGAUGUGAUGCAAGACCCAGAGUUUCUUCAGAGUGUGUUGGAGAACCUGCCUGGUGUGGAUCCAAACAACGAGGCCAUCCGCAAUGCCAUGGGCUCCCUUGCUUCCCAGACAGGAAACAAGCCAGAUGGCAAAAAGGAUGAAGAGAAGAAGAAAUGAGAGGAAAGGAGAAAAAUGAACAAUUGCAGGCUCAUGCAGGAUUUCUUUAAUAUAUAUAAAGAUUGCUGAUGCACCAUCCUGCACGACAGCUCUCUUGGCAUUUAAUACGUCUGUCUUUAAGAAACUGAAAGGCACCGACUGAGGGGAAAAAUAUUGGAAAACGAAUUGGUGUUUAUUUUGACUGGUAAAAGAAGCCCAGAAAUAUUAACUGAUAAAGUUAAAAAUGAGGGCCUGUUCUUGGAUUACCUUGUACACAGUUCACCCUGCAUUUAAUCUCCCAUGAUAUAAUUAAUAUUCGGCCAAAUGGAAGAACUGGUGAUGACAGGCUCUUAGACUAACAGUUAGCCAAGCUCCUGUCAUGUUUGUGUUUUUUGCAAUAAAAUCCACGAGUAAAUCGGU